AUGUCCCCGCUCGAUCCUGCUGCAGCGAGGAGCAGCUCGACUCCAAUAAGUCUCGGCCUCCACAGACAGCUCUUUACCACGCGACCGAACCCCCUCGCCCAACCUUCCGCGCCUCCCCCACCCGCCCCACCCCCAACCCAACCAGACAACAUCACCACGCCCCCCUCUAUCGACACCACCACGCCCCUCCUCUCCCCACACACCUCCCCCAAGAUCUCAUCGACCCGACUCCAAGCGUACGCGCCCCGCCUGACCGCCAUUUCCCGCCGCACCGGCGUGCCCUUUGCCUCCCUCGCUGGUUCAUUUCUCGUAUUACACGAAAUAACCGCCAUCGUCCCCGUCGUCAUCCUCUUCUUCAUCUUUCAGGCGCUUGGCGCGGGUGCAGGCAUAGUCGCAUGGCUGACGAGCCUGGAAGAGGGGGUGGAGGGGACGGUGAAGGAGAUGUGGGAGGAAGGUGGUGCUGGGGGUCAGGCUGUGAAGAAGAGUAGGGGGUGGAAGGGAUGGGUGAAGGAUUGGAUGGCGGAGGCGGAGGAGAAGGCGGAGAGGGUGGGGAAGAGGUAUGGCAUCUUGGGGUAUGAGAAGGUGGUCAAGCCGAAGAAGGGCGAGGUGGCCGGUAGUGCUGCGGCGGGAACGGCGGGCGCGAGCGGAGGAGAAGCGGUAGCAGGAGCCGUAACAGCUGGGGGAGCAGCAGAGAAAGUCGCCAAUGCCAUCGCAGCAUACGUAGUAGUCAAGGUGAGCUGCCUCCUCGCCCAGCGGCGAUACUUCCCCUCCGAAUCGGCCUCUCCCUCGCCCUCGCACCCUCUUUUGCCCGCUUCGCACUCUACCCAAUCCGCCGUCUGA